UCUUGUGUACGUAUGUCGUGUACCUAUUUCAGAUCAAAAUCAAAACAUUGCAACUUUUUUUUACUCCAAUUGAAAUGGAAGAAAACAGCUUGAUCUAUGGUCUAGAACUCCAGGCGAGGGCCUUGACACCCCAAUAUGGAGAAAGCAACGAUGUGUGCUUCUUUAUAGCCACAAACUCCUUGAAACCCACGAACCAAGUGCAUUUGAUUCAGUACGAGGAGGAACAGGGAACAGUACAAUCAAAGGUUUUCGAGCAUGCCUUGGGUGAAGUGUGGAAACUGAAUAGCUGCCCCCAUAAUCCCCGCCUGUUGGCCUCCGUCUACAAUGUCCAAAAAGGAGCACAGGUGCUCACUCAGUCGGCCUUAUUAACACUUCCUGAGGAUCUAAACCCGGAUCCAGAACACCUGAAGUCGGAGUACCUGCCCUGGGAGCAGGUCGAGGUCCUGGACACCGAAUCCCUUGGAGAACGUGUGAAAACCAUCGAAUUUCACCCUAGUCAGGAGCAAAUCCUUGCCUGCGUGGUGGACAACAAGGUGGCGGUGAUGCAGAGGGCGGAAGCCUCCACCCGCGUGGUGGCCGAGGUGCCCACCAGUGGAUCCUCCAGCGGAUCUGCCAAGCACACGCUGCAUUUCACCACCGGCAAGUGGUCGCACCACCAUCAGGGUCACCAGUUCCUCACCCUCCAAGAUGGCAAUCUGAGCGCCUACGAUGUGCGCGAUACGCAGCACUGUGCAUGGAGCAUCAGCGAUGCCCACGGACAGAUGGUGCGCGACCUGGAUUGCAAUCCCAACAAGCAGUGCCACCUGGUUACGGGUGGGGAUGAUGGCUACCUGAGGAUCUGGGAUUGCCGAAUGCCAAAGGCUCCGGUCUUCGAGCGCUCCGAUCACUCCCAUUGGGUGUGGUCCGUGCGCUUCAACACAUUCCAUGACCAACUGCUCCUCUCCAGCUCCAGUGACUGCAAAGUGCUGCUCACUUGUGCGGGGUCUGUGAGUUCGGAAACUCAGGCUCAGGCGGGACUAGAUGACUCCAACUUCAGUGGAGCAGAAACCGAGGAGAGGCACAAACUCCUGCCAGAUGGUCUGCUGCAGACUUUCGAUCAGCACGAGGACUCUGUGUACUGCGCCGAAUGGAGCAAUGUGGAUCCCUGGAUCUUUGCUUCCCUUAGUUACGAUGGCCGCGUCAUAAUAUCAAAGGUACCCAAGCAGUACAAGUACCAGAUUAUAUUUUAAGCCAACUCGUAAAUUAUUAUAAAUAUACCAUACAGAUAAACCUAACUAAUCCUUGGAUGUAGCGGAUUAAAUUUAAA